AUGCCUUUCUUUUUCUUUCUCUAUAUCGAGAACCUAGGCGCUCCAGAUUUUCCUAUCUUUUCUUUCUCACAGCAAUGUCUACUCUUUUAUAACCAAAUUUCUUCUGUGUUAACAAAUGCUCCUUUUUUGGAGAGAACUGAUCUAUUCCUCUACCCCUUCCGCCUCCUGUUUGUUUUUCGUUCACUCUUCAUCCUCCCUUUCACGUUAACCUUUUGUUCCUACUUACCCCCAUUCUUUCUCUCUCUCUCUUUCUCUCUAUCUCUCUCUCUCUUUCUCUCCCUGCAUCUUUCUGUUCUUGACUUUUGUUGUUUACUCUCCCACUCUCCCACCGACGUUUCUCUCUCCUAUUCUUUGUUCACCCUCUUUCAUAUACACCCCCCUCUAUCCUUCUUCAUCUCUCUUCGCUCCUGUACAUACGCCCCUCUCUUGCUUGCUUACUCCGUAUGUAAUAACACAUUGACACCUGUCCCUCGAGGUCACCAUUUUGACUUCUUCCCAUAG